CUUUCUCAGAUACUUAUAUAUACUUAAGUAUAUUUUUCAUAAAAGUUGCGCUUUUCCACAAUCAUGCCAGAAUUGGCGCGAUGGAACUGGUAUGUCGUGCUGCAGAUGCAAAGCUUCCGCGCGUUCCUUCCUCAGGACGUAUGUGAUGCGAUGGACGAUGCCUAUGGAGAUACUGCGCCGCCUUCCAUGUUUGUCUCCAUGAACACGGAGCAGGCGGCGACAGUGUCGACCCACGAGACCCGGUGGACGUCGUGGAAACUCGACACGUCCAAACUCGACACCCUCAUGAAGCCCGAGUCGGAAGGCCAAGCGUCGCUCGAGAAAGCUGUCGAAGCCUUGGAAGCUCAGCGCAAGGAGCCCUUGGACACGCACUUCUUCGCAUGUGGGAAGCGAGGAGUGUUGUACACCGGCACGAGCGCAAGUGUUCCGACCCCCGUGCUCAUCAAGGUCCAAAAGCUGAAUGGGCUUCACAACAACCCCAUCGACCGAGAAAGCCUGUGGCUCCGUCGCGUGAACCGCCUAAGUAUCGGCCCGACGCUCGUCUUGAGCGGUCCCGGGUACUGCUGCUGCGAAUUCCUGGAUGGCGCGCUGCACGCCGUGGACUUUCUCCAUCACCCAGCGGCGACCAAGACCGAUAUCGCGUGGUUCGUGCGGCGCAUCUUCCACCAGUGCUACGUCCUCGACGUCCUCCGCAUCAACAAGGCCGAGAUGACCCACCCCAUGCGGCACAUCCUCGUCCAUCGGUCGUCGCGCGUCGUAUUCAUCGACUUUGAAAAGUGCAUCUAUGGCACCCACCCCCGGAACGUAACGCAGCUAAUGCAGUUCAUCACGUCCCCCCGCGUAGUGUCGGCGCUGGCAGCCAAAGGCAUGUCCGUCAAAGUGCCGCUGCUGCGAUACCUGGCCAAACAAUACAAGGCCGCAGGACCUACCUCGGCCGCAUUUGAUGCACUACUGGGAGCAUUGUAACAUUCAAGUAGUACCAGUAGUAGUAGUAUGUAGGCCUUUUACCUAAAAUGUCGACUUACAAUCGAUUGUUUGUCC